UCCUAUCUUCCAAUGGUAAGUCCUGGCAUGAGCAGCUAUCUAGUCACAUUCCACAGUGAGGAGACCACAGGUAAGCAGCGAGAGAGAGAGAGAGAGAAAGAAAGAAAGCACAGAAGACAUCAUGAAUACACCCCAAUACUGCCUUCUGAUGUUGCUUAUCUACUCGGGCGGACCCAAUGCAGGAGCUCUGAAUGGUAUUAGCCCCUUCAUAAGGCAUUACGAAGGCUUGUCUUAUGAUCGUGAGGCCUUACACAGGAGACACCGGCGCGCCAAACGAGAGACCCAGCCUCAGGACCAGACACUGCAGCUGGACUUCAGAGCUUUUCUCAGGACCUUCCGGUUGCGUUUGAGGCGAGACAUGACGGGAUUCACAGAGCCUUUUGAAGUCUUCUCUGAAAAUAUAUCAAGUACAGCAGACCUCUCCCAUCUAUAUUCUGGAGAACUUGAAGAUGAGAAGGGAUCUUCCUGUCACGGCUCGGUCAUCCAGGGCCAGUUUGAGGGUUCUGUCCUCACAGCCAAUGGGACGUAUUACAUAGAGCCUGUCCACAGAUACACCAGCAAGCCCACACAACACCACUCCAUCAUCUACCAUGAGGACGACAUGGAUGCUACUCCCAUGAGAAGCAGACAUGACGGGUUCUGUGGUGCAGAACGUCUGCAGCGCCUUGCCCAAAGCCUCAGACCCAAUCAGGACGUUCCAGUGUUCAGGUCGAAGAGAACAUUGGACCAGUCUAAAACCAGCUGUCUACUCCACCUCCAUGCUGACCACUUCUACUACAGGAAGUUCAAGAGUGUUGAGGCUGUUGUGGCUCAGGUUGCCUCCUACGUGAGAGUGGUGAAUGAUAUUUAUGACAAGGCCGACUUUGACGGUCUCAAGCUAAUCAACUUCAAAGUGAAAUCACUCAGUGUCAUGAGAGAGGAGGAUGAGACCAACCCCCUGAAUCGGCCCUUCCUCGGCCCAGAGAAGCUGCUCAGUCUGUUCUCUGAGAGUAACUGGGGAAACUACUGUCUGUCCUACCUGCUGACCAACAGGGACUACAGUGGAGUGCUGGGGCUGGCAUGGGAGGGCAAGACAGGGAACUGGGGAGGGAUUUGUUCACGACACACUCUCAUGCGGGAUGGUAGCAACGCCAGUCUGAACACGGGCCUGAUCACGCUGCAGAACUACGGCCAGUACCUCCCCCCCCAACACGUUCAGCUCACCCUGGCCCAUGAACUGGGCCACAGCCUGGGCGCCCCUCAUGAUGAAGGUUUGGAUUGUGGGAACCUGGGUUCUUCUGGAGGGAAAGGCAGGUUCUUGAUGUUCCCUCACGCUACCAAUGAGGUCCGGGAGAACAACGAUAAGUUCUCUCCCUGCAGCAUCAAGCAUAUCAGCCGAGUCCUGAAAGUCAAGAAGGAUGACUGCUUUGUGGUCAGUGAUCAGCCCAUCUGUGGGAAUCAGAUCGUGGAGGAGGGGGAGGAGUGUGACGUGGGCCACAACGAGACAGACCUCUGCUGCCACAGCGCCAAGGAAUCUGUGGGCAUCCAGUGUCGCCUGAAACCUGGCAAGAAGUGCAGUCCCAGUCAGGGUCUGUGCUGUGGGCCAGCGUGUGUCUUGAAACCGUCAGGGGUCAGCUGUGAGGAGGAGUCAGACUGUCAGCUGGAGAGUAUUUGCUCUGGUCUCUCCCCCAUCUGCCCCGAGCCUCUGGCCAAGGCCAACAUGACCAUAUGCAGUCUGGGCACCCGGGUGUGUCUCAACGGGAACUGUGCUAAAUCACUGUGUGUGAGGUACGGCCUGGAGCAGUGUGACUGUCUGGGAGAGUCCAAAAACGAAAAGUGCCACAUGUGCUGUCAACAGCCGGACAAGCCUGCAACCUGCGCCAGCACCACAUCCUCUGUCUUGACCAGGCAUUUCCAGGGAAAGCGUGUAGCCUUGGUUGCCGGGGCACCGUGUUCAGCCAAGCAGGGCUACUGCGACAUGUUCCAGGUGUGUCGCAUCCUGGAUGCUGACGGGCCCAUCGCCAGGCUGAAGAACUCCUUUCUCCACCUGGUAGACCUGGAUGAGUUUGAUGACCUGGCUGAGUGGAUAAAGACUCACUGGUGGGCCAUUCUCUUAGUCAUCAUGACUCUGUCUGCCGUGAUGGUCAGCACCGUGUGCCUGUGUGGACGUACCCUGGACAUGGGUGACCCAGAGAAACCACUGUAGCUCCAACAGUGGCAGUUGGUGCCAUUCAAGAUUAAGGAGAGCGACAAUUUUUUUUAUGAGCAUGGCCUUAUUUCGAUUACAGCAUAUUGGAUGACUGCUAUUCAUAUUCCCUUCACCCAGCUCAAUGUAACAUCGAUAGGCUUAGGCUACUACAUGAUACUCAAAUUGGCCCUAUACCCAUCAUGAGGUUGCUACAACCUAGCCUAAAAAUGAACGUUUAUAAUGUAAGUGCACAGGUCUAGAGACAAAUUGGAAAUUCUGCCUUGCACACUCUUGCCUGUGUCUAUCUGAUCUGGGGUGUAAUCAUUAGUCCAAGCAGUUAGAAAACGUUCAGUUUUGCAACUAAAACUAUAGUUUCUAUUGGACAAAUUCAGGUAUGUCCCUCCCCAUUUCGUUCUGUUUGCUUCCGUUUAAGAAAUGUUUUGUAACAGAACCGGCGGAAUGAAUACUCCCCUGAUCACCUGCACACAUAGUUCACUUUCAUACCAGCCACAUACAGCAUCAUCACUUUGCUCGUUGUAUAAUUCAUUCUCGCAUCUACGCGCUCUCCUUCUCUCACCUUUUUCCUUCACUUGUGGACUUCAGUUUAUAACUCAACAGCUGUCCGUGACUAGGCACAAAAACCUCUCCAAGCCAAACCUUCAUACCAUAACCACUAUCCGCUACACAGCCUGCAUCGUUGUCACCAUAUUAACGUUAUAGUCAUUAAACUAUAACUAACGAGUUAGUAAACCCACAACCCAAGCCAUGUGUACAAUUACACAGUACAGUGUACAGCAAGCAGUUUAGCAGUUACCACAGCGGGCCCAGGUAGCAAUACAUUUAUAAAACCGAAAGCUUACCUUGACUUUGUAGAGUUGCAGUGUUGGAAAGCCUUGGCCAGCUAGCUAACAUAAAUAGCAUUCUUCUCUGUUUCAGUCAGGUUGUUGAGUAGGCUAAAUUAGCUGCAUUAGUUAAGAAAGUGAAAGGGGUAAAUUAAGAAUUCAAAAAAUACAACGAAAUAUAUCUCUCUGCUGCUUCUUCUUAAUUUUUUAAGUCAACUUCUCACCACACUAGCUUGUGCUUUCUGUAAUAGAUUAAUUAAUCAUUUGAUUGGAUGGACAAGAUGUUAGUUCAUACUGCAAGAACUCUGAUAGGUUGGAGGAUGUCAGAGGUGGGAUCAAUACACUAUCAUUCAAGUCCCAUGGUGUUUGGGACUCAAUUCGAGUCACAAACACCAUGGGACCACGCAGCCGUCAUACCGCUCAGGAACGAGACACGUUCUGUCUCCUAGAGAUUAACGUACUUUGGUGUGAAAAGUGCAAAUCAAUCCCAGAACAACAGCAAAGGACCCUGUGAAGAUGCUGGAGGAAACAGGUACAAAAGUAUCUAUAUCCACAGUAAAACAAGUCCUAUAUUGACAUAACCCGAAAGGCCGCUCAGCAAAGAAGAAGCCACUGCUCCAAAACCGCCAUAAAAAAGCCAGUCUACGGUUUGCAACUGCACAUGGGGACAAACAUCGCACUUUCUGGAGUAAUGUCCUUUGCUCUGAUGAAACAAAAAUAGAACUGUUUGGCCAUAAUGACCAUCGUUGUGUUUGGAGGAAAAGGGGGAGGCUUGUAUGCUAAAGAACACCAUCCCAACUGAGAAGCACGGUGGUGGCAGCAUUAUGUUUUGGGGGUGCUUUGCUGCAGGAGGGACUGGUGCACUUCACAAAAUAGAUGUCAUCAUGAGGUAGGAACAUUACGUGUAUAUAUUGAAGCAACAUCUUAAGACGUCUGUCAGGAACUUCCAAAUGGCCAAUGACCCCAAUGAUACUUCCAAAGUUGUGGCAAAAUGGUUUAAGGACAACAAAGUCAAGGUAUUGGAGUGGCCAUCACAAUGCCUUGACCUCAAUCCCAUGGAAAUUUUGUGGGAAGAAAAACUGAAAAAGGAUGUGCGUGCAAGGAGGCCUACAAUCCUGACUCUGUCAGGAGGAAUGGGCAAAAAUUCACCCAACUUAUUGUGGGAAGCUUGUGGAAAGCUACCCGUAACAUUUGACCCAAGUUAAACAAUUGAAAGGCAAAGCCACUGGGAAUGUUAAGAAAAACAUAAAAGCUGAAAUAAAUAAUUAUCUCUACAAUUAUUCUGACAUUUCACAUUCUUAAAAUAAAGUGGUGAUCCAAACUGACCUAAAAUAGGGAAUUUUUACUUGUAUUAAAUGUCAGGAAUUGUAAAAAACAGUUUAAAUGUAUUUGGCUAAGGUGUAUGUAAACUUGCGACUUCAACUGUAUAUCGUUUAUUUCCUGAUCUUACUUGGUUCCAAGUGUGUUGGCCAAUCAAUCCAUAAUCUUAAUUCCAAUCUGCACAUGUUCCCAGACUAACCCAUCUAUCAAGGCACAAGGCGAGACCCAAAUGCAGACACAGGAUGCAGAUGGUUGGAGUCUUACAAUGUUUAUUUAUCCAAAGGGGUAGGCAAGACAAUGGUCGUGGACAGGCAAAAAGGUCCAAACCAGGUCAGAGUCCAGGUGGCAGACAGGCUCGUGGUCAAAGCAGGCAGAAUGGUCAGGCAGGUGGGUAGAAAUUCCAGAAACAGGCAAGGGUCAACACCGGGAGGACUAGAAAAAGGAAAAUGCAAAUAGCGGUAGAAAGAGAAAACCGCUGGUUGACUUGGAAACAUACAAGAUGAACUGACACAGAGAGACAGAAAAUACAGGGAUAAAUACACCUGGAGGGGGUGGAGACAAUCACAAGGACAGGUGAAACAGAUCAGUGCGUGACACCAUCUUUCCCAGUACAAUACCAUGUUACUAUUUCCUUUUGCGAUACAUCCUUCUAUUUUACUGUGAUGUCUUAUGAGGGUCUUGAGCCUCUAUUUUCACCAUUUCUACCAAGAUUUUGCUCUAAAAAUAAACACUUUACCUAAGAGUAUAAUAAUAUUUCUCAUUGAUUGAUCAUGGUUUUUCAGAUCUCCAAACAGGUUUGUAUAUCCAUCUGAACACAGAUAUUAUGACUUUAUGACUUAUCACUUCUGGACCUGACUCCAAAAGCAAACCACAGAAGGACAGUACCAAAAUACAUGAUCUAUUGAUUGGCAGAGUCUGCACAAGGCUGACUGUUCAAUGCCCCAUAUAUUGAGCUUUCUUUUUGUGCCAAGAAUAUUAUAUAAUAGUUUAAAUUGAGAAGCAUGGAUUGAUGCGUCAGUUGUUGUUUUGUAUAGCAGUUCAUAAACCCAAUGCUAUGGUACUGGGACAUAAAACAUAUUUUAUUUUAUGCGGCAUAGUUGUCAAACCUCUCAACCUUAAGUUCAACAUAUACAUUUUACGAUUUAGAGUUUAGUGACAUUAUUUGCUGUAAUAUUUGUUCUGCCUCUUCUGGAGGAUGAAAUUGGAAGUUUAACCAACUCUGUAUGGCUUCGUUUAAAAAGGAGGAUAAUUUAAACAGGGUUCCAUAGUCAAUCCACCGGAAAUGGUUGGUUUUAAUCUGUAUAUCGUCAAAAGCCCCCUUUUGAACAUUGGAAAGGCUGUGUUUCUAUUGUUGAAGAUUCCAGUAAAAAGAUGCGAUUACCCCUUUUUACUUUUUAGCAGACGUUCUUAACCAGAAUGACUUACAAGAGCAAUUAGGGUUAAGUGCCUUGGUCAAGGGCACAUUAGCAGAUUUUUCACCUAGUUGGCUUGGGGAUUUUGAGACCUUCUGUUACUGGCCCAGUGCUCUGAACUACUAGGCUACCUGCCACCCCUUACUUGGAUAAGAUUAAGGAGCGGGAAGUCACUGGAAGCUUUGUUCUAUGUUCUGAAAUUGAACGUGGAUUGUGUAUUACUGAAUGAUAUUGUCUGUUUAUCUCUGCUUGGAUGUGUGAAUAGGUUUCUACUUUAUUGCAUUUCUAAGGAGGAUCCUGGAAAAAUGUUCAUUUUUACAACUAUCUUUCCAUUAAAGCACUCAUUCCAUUUCAAAAUAGCAGUUCCAAUUUAUUCAA